CGGAACUGAGUACAACUAAUCCAGGGACAAGUCUUAGAAACCGUUGAAGCUGUGAUAGGAGAAAUUUAUCAAUUCACAUUAAGGAUUUUUGCAGUCGCAGUAUACUCGAUCUUGAUCGCAAAACGAAAAGUUACAUCAAUGCCGGUAUAAAGCCCGCGAUCUGAAUUUUCCCCAAAAUGUGCAGGAAGAAAUCGAUCAUCCAGUGCUCGAAGGUCGCACGUUUAUCGGUAACCACGACCCGGCGGUGAGAUAGGCCAACGCAGUGUUCGCUACGUAGAGUUGUGAGUGAUGUGUGCCUGUGCAUGCUGAAAGUUCAAUGAAUCUGAGUUUGCUUUGUUUCAAAGUGUGAAAAGUUAUCAAACUGUGCCAAAACGAACACUCUUCUCACAGCCGAAGGCAAUCUUCAAUAAUAGUUUGAAGUUUCCAACAAUAACUGGAUUUGUGAUUUCUUCGGUAGUUUAAGCUAGACAAAACAUCAUUACAAUAACAAAGAAAAAAGGAACUUUCAUACCACAGCGACACUACGCAGCAGGAAAAAUAGUAUCAUCAGUGCGAAUCGAAGUUUCGUAACACUUAACGCGAUCUCGCAAUCUUAUAUUGCAAGUGUAACAAGUGGCGCGUAAAAUUGUGGCUCUACUUCCAGUCGGGCAACUGUCGUUCCCAAUCAGCGGACAAAAGUCGCAGCUGCAGUCGAGCCUAGCGAUAUUCCGUUGGUUAGACGAGGAAAGUGAGACACCGCCACCGUCUUGGUCAGGAUUAAGCGAUAACAGUUCGAUCGCGACCAAUCAGAAUCUCUACCCACCGGAGGAAACAACGAACAUCAACCAUGAGUUUUUACUUCACAAAGCGACAGUGGCUCACGCUGAUGAUUAUGGGUUUGGCGGACUUUUGCAACGCAAUCUGCGUAAGCUUACAGGCGCCGUUUUUCCCCAGUGAGGCGGAACGGAAAGGUGCGACUGCUACGGAAUACGGUCUGGUGUUUGGCGUAUUCGAGCUAGUAGUGUUCAUCAUCUCCCCAAUCUACGGCCACUACAUCAACAAGAUUGGACCAAAAGUAUUAUUCAAUAGCGGAAUCUUCACCACCGGUACGGCGGCAAUCUUCUUCGGUCUGCUGGAUCGCAUCCCGGAACAUUUACCUUUCAUCGCACUGGCCUUCGUGAUCCGGAUUGUAGAGGCGUUGGGCAACGCUGCGUUUCUAACGGCAUCCUUCGCCAUCAUUGCCAAGGAGUUCCCCAACAAUGUGGCGACAACCUUCGCGUCCCUUGAGACCUGCUUCGGACUUGGUCUCAUCGUUGGGCCCAUGGUCGGAGGUGCUCUCUACUCGGUCGGAGGAUACUAUCUACCAUUCGUGGUUCUUGGAUCGGCACUGUUCAUCACUGCAAUUCUCACAUUGUGCAUUCUUCCCAAACACCCGAACGAGCCAUACGUAGAAAAUGACAAGAACUCAUCGGUUUGGAAUGUGCUGAAAAUCCCGAGUAUCUUGGUCAGUGCGCUGGCCAUCUGCGCAACGAGUGCAUCUAUUGGAUUCCUCAGUGCUACCUUAGAACCCCACCUGCGACAGUUCGAACUCGGUCCCAUUUUAUUAGGUGUUGUUUUCGUGAUAAACGGUGGCAUCUACGCCCUGACAGCGCCGUUAUUCGGCUGGAUGGUGGACAAAUUCAUGAACCCAAAGGUUUGCUCCGCCAUCGGGUGCUUUUUGGUGGUUGGUGGAUUCAUGACAGUCGGGCCGGCCUCUUUCAUUCCGGCAGAUUCUUCACUGGACUUCGUAAUCGUUGGUCUUGUGUUGCAUGGUCUAGGAAUUGCGGCAGUUUUGGUAUCUGGCUUCACGGACUCGUUACGAUCUGCAGUUUCCAAUGGAUUCCCGGACAGCAUUGAGACGUACGGGCUGGUCUCCGGUCUGUGGACUUCGACAUUCGCGUUUGGUGCCUUCGUAGGACCAUCGAUCAGUGGGCUGCUGUUCGAUGUGAUCGGUUUCCGCGGGUCGACGGUAUUCAUAGUAAUACUUGAGCUAAUUGUCGGAACCGUCAUCUUGUUGUUCAUCAUGUGUGACCGGACCCCUAGACAGUACAAAGACAUAUCAUCGGUGGAAUCACUCAUUAAGAGCCAGGACGGACAGUCUCGCGACAACAGUAUCGCCAGCCGGAGUAGCAGCUUGGACAUUAACUUCCGCAAUAAGUCUGGCUUCACUGGCAGUCAGCACUCGAUCAGCAUUGAAUCCUGGCGCCCGUCUGCGAACAGUCUCAUCAUCAGCAACAGCUACAGCAGCAAGCAAGGCCACUGGGCACGGUCGGUCACAGAGUUAGAAUCUAACAACGUCGCACAGUACGGCAGCUUUGACGCCAGACCGGCCUAUCGAGAUACCAUCUCAUAGAUGGACCCCGCUUCACACAUCAUCCACUGACUCCUCUUGUAGAGCCUGCCAUUUUGUCCCGCUUAACUAGAUGUAAAUAUAUUUAAAUGAGCACUACUACGUAAGGUCCCACAGCUGCGACGGAUAAUAGCAACUCUUCCGAAAAGACUAGAAACCGAUCAAGACUUUCUUAAUUAAAACUAUGACUACGUAAUGAAUGUCCGAAGCAAAACGAAAAAAAAACUGACGAUAGCAUUAUUCACUCUGCAGGAAUUGUUCGCGAGCGAUUGUAGGGUUUUGAAAAUGUGUUGCAGUAAGCGAAAUAAA